AUGAUAAUCGAUGGUCACCUACAAGAACUAAUUAGAUACAUAUAUGGUGACCUCCAAACAAGAUGGAACGAUCGCCAAUACAUCCUAGAACGUGCAAUUCUCAUAACAAAAAAUAAAGAAGUUGAUGAGAUUAAUAAUCGCGUUCUAUCCAUCUUUCCUGGUGAAGAAAGAACAUACAACUCCGCAGAUUCCGUUGUGGAUCCUGAGAUUGCUAACA